AUGGCUGAGGAAGAGGUUAGACCAGCUGGUGUUAAGGCUGCUAAAGCAGCCAAACGCAAGAGGCACGGGAAAGAAGCUGCAUUCGAUCAAAUAAAGACCAUCCUGGCUGAGAGAAAAAAGAUCUCCCAGCACAAAAUCCUACAACUUGUUGCUUUGUCAGGAGUUGCAAGAUCACGGGUUGGUGUCUGUUGCUGUCUCACGGGAACAAUGUCAAGCAACUCAGAUGAUGAAGUAUAUGAAGUAUUUGAAGAAAUGGUCGACCAACAAAUUGAUGAUUACAUCGAGUCUGCUCUGACCAAACAGCCGAAGACACGAGUAUAUAUCGAAAGAGAUCGGGAAGUAGGACACAUUCAACUUUGGCAGGACUAUUUCAGUGAAAAUCCUACAUACACACACGACUUGUUUAGGCGACGUUUUCGAAUGAACAAGUCAUUGUUCCUUCGCAUUGUCGAACGUCUAGGUAAUGAAGUUCCAUACUUUCAACAACGGAGAAAUGGUCAUGGAAGGAACGGCCUAUCUACACUUCAAAAAUGCACUUCAGCUAUGAGAAUGUUGGCUUACGGUCGUGCCGGAGAUGCGAAUGACGAGUAUCUCCGACUUGGGGCAAGUACUGCAAUUUUAUGUUUGGAGAAUUUCGCGGAAGCGAUAAUAAAAGUGUUUGGAGAUGAGUAUCAAAGAAAACCAACACCUGAAGAUCUUCAAAGACUACUUGAUUCUGGAGAGGCACAGGGGUUUCCGGGAAUGAUAGGCAGCAUCGAUUGUAUGCAUUGGGAGUGGAAAAACUGCCCAACGGCUUGGAAAGGUCGAGCUCCUAAAGUGAAGUUCAAGGUGAACAAUCACACUUAUCGUAUGCCCUACUAUCUUACCGACGGGAUUUAUCCUAAUUGGGCAACAUUUAUCCAAUCCAUCCCGCUUCCUCAAGGUCCUAAAGCAGUGGCUUUUGCAAAACAUCAAGAAUCGACCAGAAAAGAUGUGGAACGGGCAUUUGGAGUCUUGCAAUCGAGGUUUGCAAUUGUUAAAAACCCUGCUCUUAAAUGGGACAAAGAAAAGAUAGGAAAGGUAAUGAGAGCCUGUGUCAUAUUGCACAAUAUGAUAGUAGAGGAUGAAAGACAAGGAUACAUUCUAGCUAAUACAUCUGAGUUCGAGUCAGGAGAAUCUAGCCGAAGUUCGAAGGUGACAAGGAGAGAAAGUGUGAAUGUUGAUAUGCUUAACAUUCGCAAUCAGCUUCGGGAUUCACAAAUUCAUGAGCGUCUCAAAGCUGAUUUAGUUGAAAAUGUAUGGACAAAAUUUGAUGAUCGUAGUGACUAA